UCCAUCAAACCUACCCGUUUUGCGUAUAUAUAGAGUAGGCUGAGUAGAUAGAGAGUGAGAGACGAUUCCAUUUCAAGUUUCAUUACAAAAAGAUGAGCCACGCCCGCGGAAGCUCCUCGGAGAACAUUCCCCGUAGCUCCAACCCUGCAGUCGGAGUUGUGGAGCCUCGAGGUCGUUCCCAGACAGCAGAGCCUGCUCCCAGGAGAGCGGAACCUGCUCCUCAUGCCAGAAGAGCAGGUCAUGCUUCCGCCCAGAGAACGGACAUCGUAAGAGUUGAGAAGCGUCCUCAUCGGGGCUACGUUGCAGUUGGAGUUGAGCAGGUCGAAGAUGCCUUUGCUGAACAUCGUGUGCUACAGAGGAAGCUGGAGGCUAUGGUUUCUAAGGAGCUUAAAGCUGAGGUUCGUUUUGAACAAGUUAAGAGCCAGCUUCGUCGUGCAGGAAGGACAUUUGCUCAAGGUUCGCUUCCGUUUGAACCAAGUGAUCAUCAUAGUGAUCAGCAUUAUCUCGAUCAGAGAGGGAUCGUUCGAGUCAGACGUGGUUCUCGUGAAGCCACCGUUUCAGUCCGCUAUGAUGAGCUCCAAGCUGCCUUGGUUCGCCUUAGCAUGACAAGAGCGGAACUCGAAAAGGCAACUUUUCGUGAGCGUGAAUUGCGGAUUAAUAUUGAACAAGCUGAGAAUCAGCUUCGUCGUGUGGGAAUCAGACCUUCUCAAGGUUUGCUUCCAUCCACCGCACCGACGACCCGCGGAAGCAGCAGAUAGCCACCGUUGGCUCAUUAUAGAUGCACUUUCUAUUUUUUUUCCUUGUCUUCCAAGUUGUAGUAAUAAAAAAACUUCUCUUUUGCUCUUACAAGUUGUGAUCUUUUUAAAACUCUUGUACUUGUCUUCUUCUAAGUUGUAAUAUUACGUUUGAUAGAUUAUACUAUAAACA